AGACGACGCGCACGUCUCAUAUAGGGGGGGGGGCGGCAUACCUCCCCCCAAUUCAGUCUCGCGUUCUCUCUUCGUUUUCUAGCCACCGAAAAGAGAGAACGUGCUGUUCUCUCUCUCUCUCUCUCCUAUUUUCUCGUGGCGGCCUAUAUUCCCGCUGUGCGGCGCAGAGUCUCGUCGUCGUCGGCGCGCGCGUGGCACAGCUGCGUCGAGAAAAGAAGAAGGAGGAAGUAUAGCGGCCAGUCGACUGUAACACCUUCACUGCACGUCGACCCGGUCAGCGAGGAAUCAGUUAGAAGGGUACCAACAACACAGACAAGAUGUUCCAUGUACGAGGCCUGACCCGUACCUCAGCUGCUCUGAAGCAGACCCAGGAGUUGGCUCAAACCGCAGCCCUGGUGCGCCUUCAGAACAGAGGCUACGCUGACCACCAAAUUCCGGAGAAGCUGAAGGAUGUUCCUACGGCAGCCAACCCCAAGUUCUUCGACAUGGUCGAGUACUUCUUCCACCGAGCCUGCCAGAUCGUCGAGGACAAGCUCGUCGAGGACGUGGGCAAACGCUCGAGGCUCAGCAUCGAGGAGAGAAAGAAGAAGGUCAAGGGUAUCCUCAUGUUGAUGGAGCCCUGCGACCACAUCCUCGAGACGACCUUCCCGCUGAGGCGCGACUCCGGCGACUACGAGAUGAUCACCGGCUUCAGGGCGCAACACUCCACUCAUCGGACGCCGUGCAAAGGAGGUAUCCGUUUUUCGAUGGAUGUGUGCAGAGACGAGGUGAAGGCCCUGUCAGCCCUGAUGACGUUCAAGUGCGCCUGUGUGGACGUGCCGUUUGGUGGAGCCAAGGCUGGUAUCAAAAUCAACCCCAAGGAGUACUCUGACAACGAGCUCGAGAAGAUCACUCGUCGAUUCACCCUCGAGUUGGCCAAGAAGGGCUUCAUCGGACCGGGUGUUGACGUACCCGCCCCCGACAUGGGUACAGGCGAGCGCGAGAUGUCCUGGAUCGCCGACACCUACGCCAAGACCAUUGGCCAUCUCGACAUCAACGCCCACGCCUGCGUCACCGGCAAACCUAUCAAUCAGGGUGGUAUCCACGGACGUAUCUCCGCCACUGGUCGUGGUGUCUUCCAUGGACUCGAGAACUUCAUCAACGAGGCUAACUACAUGAGCAUGAUCGGAACGACGCCAGGCUGGGGUGGCAAAACCUUCAUCCUGCAGGGAUUCGGUAACGUGGGUCUGCACACGAUGCGUUACCUGCACCGUGCCGGCGCUACCUGCAUCGGUAUCAUCGAGCACGACGGUUCGAUCAUCAACCCCGAUGGUAUCGAUCCUAAGCAGCUCGAGGAGUACCGCCUCGACAACGGCAGCAUCGUUGGUUUCCCCCACGCCAAGCCCUACGAAGGCGAGAACCUCAUGUACGAGCCCUGCGAUAUCUUCAUCCCUGCCGCCGUAGAGAAGGUCAUCACCAAGGAGAACGCUGGUCGCAUUCAGGCCAAAAUCAUCGCCGAGGCUGCCAACGGCCCUACGACCCCCGCAGCCGACAAGAUCCUCAUUGACAGGAACAUUCUCGUCAUUCCCGAUCUGUACAUCAACGCUGGUGGUGUCACCGUGUCCUUCUUCGAGUGGCUCAAGGAUCUCAACCACGUUUCCUACGGUCGUCUUACCUUCAAAUACGAGAGGGAAUCCAACUACCACCUUCUUGAAUCCGUGCAGGAGUCCCUUGAGCGCAGGUUCGGACGCGUUGGUGGACGCAUUCCCGUGACACCCUCCGAGUCCUUCCAGAAACGUAUCUCCGGUGCUUCCGAAAAAGACAUUGUACACUCUGGAUUGGACUACACUAUGGAACGAUCUGCUAGAGCUAUCAUGAAGACGGCAAUGAAGUUCAACCUUGGACUGGACUUGAGAACGGCGGCGUAUGUCAACUCAAUCGAGAAGAUCUUCACGACUUAUUCCGAAGCUGGUCUUGCCUUCUAAGCUCGUUAAGUUAGUCAUUAAGUGGUACAGACACAAGCAUUACACUUAAAAAUGAAAAAAGACACCCAUUCACUCAGAGAAUUGAUUUGAAUACAGGAAAAAUAAAAAAAAAGAGAACAUUAGAAGUCGUACGCGCGAACGCAAUAGAGCAGUAUUCGUUUUCACGCUGUGCGAUUUUGCGAAAAAUCAAAAGAUGAAAAUAAUGCCGCGUCGAGUAUUUGGUAUGUUUAUACCCAACCUGGCUAGAAGAUUCCAUGGGAAAGAAAUUUCAAUCGACUACGCUUGACGAGAACAUCGAGAAGAUCUCUUAAUGUAGAGUAUACUAUUUGCACGCAUUUAAAUGUUACAUGUUACACGUUGAAUAUAAAUAAGUUCUCGUCAAUCGUAACCGAGACAAUUUAUUUUUUAAUUAAAUUUUAAAUCGUUUUCUUAUACGAGUGAUUUUCAAUGAAAUGUUGUAUUCGGGUUGGGAAACAGGUUUAAAAAAAAGAAUAGCUCCGACGUACAUACUUCAAUGUCUUCUCUGUGCAAUGCGCACUUUUAGGUCAUUUAACCCACUCACCUCUGCUAUUUUGCCAUGAAUGAAGCGUUUCGGAAAAAAUCGAGAAAAUGAAAACAAAAAAAUGUGAAAAGAAGCGUGAAUAGUGCAUUCUCCAAAGUCGCGUGGCAGCAUGCAUUUUAUAUUCGAAUUUUUAUCAAUGAGAUUUUAACUUUUAAGAAUGAAUUAUUGUUAUCGUUCAUCCUAUGUCUGUCUGGUGCUCGUUUGCGUUCGUUUUGUCAACCGAAGGCUCGGCAACAGUGACACCGCUUUCCACAACGUUGCGAUUCUGUUUACAUACUUAAACGCAAUAGGAAAAGCUGUUUUUUAAUGAAAUAUGAAAGUAACUUAAUAAAACUGUACUUCUGUCGACGUUUUGUGCGGUAUCCGAAGGCCCGCGAUUGUAUUUAUAAUGGAGGAAUUACAUUUGUUAUACCAACUGAAGCAAUGACGUUAAAUAAACAUUAUACACGUUGCAACGUGAAUAUCGUA